GGAGUGACUAACACAGCGGAGCCCCACUCCAUACACCACCUGACCUAUGGUGAUGUUGAGCCUCCCCAUCGCCCUCACGUGCCGUACCCCCCUCCAGAUGAGGAGGCUAGUAUUCUGUUUAUUCAGCCGUUCCUGCCCGGGACACUGAGGAUACCAGACAGACUCACGCUAGUCGCAAAGACCCUUCACUUAGCUUUACAGUGGAGUCUGCUCUACAGGCAGGGGUACAAGGAGGGACUCACAGCUCUGCAGUAGUGGCUUCUUAUUCACAUCCUGACAGGCAGAGAGUUUGAUAUAGUUGAUCUAUUCAUCUGUGAGUUAGAGGAGGUGACCAUGGAUGGGAUGACUGCUCACCGUCAGCAGCCCUUUGCUCACUAGAUCAAUUGGAUCCUCGCUCAGCUCGGUCAGAACGUACAUAUGGAUGAGCUGCAGCACUCGAGGUUGAGCUUCAAGGAGUACUCACCUACUGCUCCUCGAGACGGCAGACGUGGCCCGAGAGGCCAGCGCAGAGCACCGAGGACUCUCGACGAGCAUGCUAUAGCCGAGGGCAGAGUUGAUGAUGAGGAUGUUUUGCUCAGCUCAAGAUUUUCUUCAGCACUAGUUACACCGGUGCCCCACCAGAGCAAGCACCAUUGUAAUGACGCAAGCCUGCACACAGUGUCAGAUUUCCAACGGCUACUAUUGGGCUUCAGUGUGACCGGUUGAACCGGUGCCCUACCUGCGGUUCAACCGUACAACUUUUGUGUCCUUUGACUUCCAACGGCUAGGGGUGCUUCUCCACUCCCUGGCUUAUUUAUGUGCCUUUGACGCAUUGAAUACCUGAGGCCACCCUAGAGAAGAAAAGAGAGUGCUUCGAGCCAUUGGAUGAAGAUCUAGUGCUUUAAAUUUUUCCAAACUUGAAGAAAUCAACAAUUCCUUGAGUAGCAAGUGUGCUAGAGCUUAGGGCCAUCUCAGUGAGGGUCAAGUGAAGCCUUGAGAGAUUUUUACUCUUGGUGUUUGACGGCACCUAGACGAUCUCGGUGAUCGGAAGGUUCUUGGUGAGCUCUUGGAGAUUGUGGGAGCCCCAAGAAGAGAAGAUUGUAUAUGGUGUGAAGCUUGCCAUUCUGGUGAUGGAGAAAGAGCAUUCUUAGUGAAGACUUGCUUCUUGGUGAUGCAAGGGAGCGAUACCCUUAGUGGGUGCUCCAACAUAGAUUAGGGUGGAGCGUCAACUCCUCGAUACCACGGGAAAAAAAAUCCGGUUGUCUCGUGUCCCUCUCAUUUACUUUUCUAGCAUUUCAUAUCUCUUGUGUUUGUUUUGGUACUAGCUUGUUUGCUCUGUGGCUAGAUUUUCUUCAUGGUAGUUUGUUCUAUUGACUAGGUUGCAUAUUUGUUAGUGUGAUCUUUCUUAAGAAUGAUAAGUAUGUUAGUGUGCUUUCCAACCUAGUUUGAUUAUUCUAGUGUGCUCUAGUUGAUAGGAUCAAUCUUUGUAGAUUUGGGCAAUACUAGUCUAGGUUAAGAAUUUGAUAGAAAUUAAAAAAGUCUCAAUUCAACCUCUCUUCUUGGCCCCGAUCCUUCCACACAUGAAGGGGUUCAUGAGUUGAUUUAUUUAAGAUUCCAUCAGGAGACACUACUGGACCCUAGAUAUUGUUCCGGUACCCACAGUAGUACUUCUUAAUUAGAGGGUACACCAAUGACUUGCGCCAGUGUGUAUGGAAUAUGGUAGCCUGCUUGUUUUGAUUUCCCUUUGUCCUUUGCUCCAACAACUCAAACCAUUGACUCAAUUAUAUGUAAAACCCACAAAGGAAAACUUGACAGAUUUUAUGAAAAUAAAAAUACUUAGUCUCUACUCCCUCGGUUGAAAAUUUUAUAUCAUUUUGGUAUUUCUAGGUGCAUAAUUUUAAUUAUGUAUUUUUGACAUCGUGCAUAUCUAGAUGCAUAAUAAAAACUAUGCACCAAAAAAUUCUAAAACAACCUAUAAUUUACUCACUCCAUCUCAAAUUAUUAGUCGUUUUGGCUUUUCUAGGUGCAUAGUUUUGACUAUGCAUCUAUUUAUAUAUUGUGUCUAGGUAUAUAACAAAAUCUGUAUAUCUAGAAAAGCCAAAACGAUUAAUAAUUUGAGAUGGAGGGAGUAGUUUUUAUCAUACUUUACCUCCUUGGUGGUAUGUGAGUGCUAGAGUUUGUUAGUUUGUUACCAUAUAUCUGGUUUAAACUUGGGCCAUAUCAAAUUUACCUUAUGGUUCUUUUCUGGAAUAUUUUCCUCAAGAUUUUGUCUCGAUCGCUCAGCUCAGCCACUCCAGCUUAAGUCGUAUUUGGGAUUGCAGUUAGCUACACUGCUACAGUCUUUCUGGCAUCCAGAUAUUUGUGAGUUCAUUCCCUUCUGCUUCGACGACCACCAUAGCCAUUGACUUCACCAAAUAAAGGAGUCUUUGUCGCUGCUUUCCCAGUCUAGCUUCUCACUUCUACUCAUUCCGUCUGACUGCCUGCGAGUUACUAUCCAUAGCAUCGGUCUUCAAGAGUUGAUCACAAGGUUAUUCAGGCGGCUUUUUCUUGAGGGACGGGACUUUUUUUUAAGACCACAGGCCCAUUUGGCCCCGCUUUUUGAGGGACGGGACUUCACCGGGGUUAAUCAGUAGCUGCCAGAGAUUCCGAGAUGGAUGCAUGGACAAACCGUUACCGUGCUUUCGCCGAAGGAGUGGUGACUAUGGUCUGCCCGGUGCUCCUUGCAAUUACACUGAAGAAGGUUGAUCUGAACAGCAAGGAACAUGGGCAUGCCAUUCCGAUUACAAUGCUCGUGGUAGCAACCAUUACAUUAACAGCCGGUAUUUGCCCUUUUCUGGUUUGUUGUCUCUCCAAGAGGUUUUCUAGAGGGAGCUCAAGUUCCCCUCAUAAACUUACCAAGUUGCUGGCCCCCUUAUCCAGCACAUUGCUAGUGGCACUUGCCUGCUGGAUCAUAUAUCUGAUUUUAGACAGCUGGGCAUACCCUGUAAUUGGCGCCGUAAUUGGACUCUGCUACAUAAUUUGUACCGUCAAGUACUUCAGAACCAGUAUGGGUGAUGCUGCUACUACUGCUGCUCCUGCUCCUGCUCCUGAUGCUGCUACUGCUCUUGCUCCUGCUCCUGCUGCUGCAGAUGAAGAAUACAACAAUAAACUGGAGAAGUCACUUGACUUCUUAGCUGGUAUAGCUGCACUUCUGUUUCUUGGACUGGAAGGCCUGGCACUGGAGGGUCAAAUUAACAGCACAGAAGAAGUACAGGAUCGUCUUACCACACCAAUUGGCACAAGCUUCUUUGUUUGCGUUAUCGAUGCGUGCUUGAUGCUUGUUGAGACAAUGCCUCCUCACAGCAUCACAAGCAACCUAACAGAGAUCUUUGAUGUGCUCACAGUUUUUUCUGUCUCCAUGGUCAUCUUCUUCAUUAUGUACUCACUGAUGAAACUAAGAGCAUUGCUUCUGAUAGCAGCCCCAUUCUUGAUUCUCCUGAUGCAUGUGUACCACGUCGCCAUCAGUGGUAGCAAUGGAACUGACACAGAUGGUGCCCAUGCCAACCAGGACGAAGAAUCAGGUGGUAGAACUAGCAGUAGCAACAGCAAUGAAGAGCAAAAUCCAGCGUCGCUUGAACUAAGCAAAGUAACAUUCACUGGGUUCCUGGCUUUGUCGAUACCAAGCAUCAGCAAUGAUUCACUCGACAUGGGCACCGAAUGUUUCUUACACCUUGCUGCAUUAGCUAUUGUUUCAGGUCUCAUAUGGAGGCUCCUGACACAUUACAAGUCACACACUACCAUCACGGCAGAUGCAAAUGUUGCUUCCUUCUGCACCCACCUCUGCGUUGCAAUUGCUACAGUUCCAUUUUCGAUCAUGGCUGGGAAGGCUCUGUCUUGAUUUUCAGGCACCUGGAGUUCGUUUUGCAGUCGCCUGUCUUGUGCAAAUUAAAAUCUCAAGGGUAUUCAAAACUCAAUGCAGUUUACAAGCAACUAUUUUGCCAUAGGUCUCCAAAGUUUCGUCGCUCUGCAUACAUAUCUCCUCUUAUACUGCUUGACCAAAACUGAAUUUCAUUUUGAGUACACGGUACCAUGAUGCUUUAUAAA